AUGGCUGCCCUUAAGGGGAUUUUCAACUACCAUCCCAAGUGUAAAAGGAUUGGCUUAACCCAUCUUUGCUUCGCGGAUGAUCUCCUCAUCUUUUGCAAGCCCUCUAUUGACUCCAUUAGUGGCGUCAAAGCUGUGUUGGAAGUUUUCUAUCUUAUGUCUAGGUUGAAGCUCAAUAUUAGCAAAAGUGAUAUCUUUGUAGCCGGUUUAACUGUUGCUCAUUGCAAUGUCAUCAGUGAGGGCACUGGUUUUAAACUAGGCAAGCUCCCUGUUCGAUACUUGGGGAUCCCUUUGGUGACCAAUAAGCUCACGGAGAGAGACUGCCUUAGUCUUAUUGAUAAAAUCAGAGCUAGGUUGAAUUUGUGGGAAAAUAAACAUUUGAGUUUUGCUGGCAGGCUUCAGUUGGUGCGUGUUGUCCUGUUUAGCCUAGCAAAUUACUGGUGUAGGCAAGUUAUGCUUCCUCGGGGGGUAAUAAAAAAAGUUGAGCAUUUAUGUUCUCGGUACUUUUGGAAGGGUGAUGAUCUUCCUGCUAAGGGAGCUAGGGUGAGCUAG